UUUGAAGUGACAGUUCGAGUUUUUAAGAUGGCGUCUGACUGAAUUUAGACAAAGAACAGGGUGUCGAAAUAAAUUGUUUUUUUCGUUGUAAAAGGUAAAGUGAUUCUCCUCAACGAAAGUUUCAAUCGACACUUGGAAGACGUGCGAUUAAUAAUGUUGGACUUGGAAAUUGUACCGGAACGAUCUUUAGGCUGUGAUCACUGGGAGUUCGUUUUAGGAAUGCAUUUUUCGCAAGCUGUUGCGAUCAUUCAAUCCCAAGUGGGGAUUAUCAAAGGUGUUCAAGUACUUUAUAAUGAUAAUAAUCCUUUAGACGUAGAUCUUAUUAUUAAUUUACCUCAGGAUGGCAUUAGAUUAUUUUUUGACCCUGUCGGUCAAAGACUUAAAAUUAUAGAAAUAUGUAAUAUGAAAUUAGUUAAACUUAAGUAUUGUGGUAAUGCUUUUAAUUCUCCGGAAGUGUUACCGUCGAUCGAACAGAUUGAGCAUUCAUUCGGAGCGACUCAUCCAGGCCUUUACGACUCGGAAAAGCAGAUCUUCGUGUUAAAUUUUCGAGGGCUCGCAUUUUACUUCUCUGUCGAGUCGAAGUUCCAAACCGGUAGCACUCACAAUAUAGAGUUUCCCGAUUCCUUACACUUUCAGCCGGGAAACUCACCGUUGGUCACCCGAAUGGUCAUUUAUAGCGGUUCCACCGUCGAACAGGCUACUUCACCCGAACUACCUCUGUCUUGUUACAAUGGACACUUGUAUUUAGGAAAAGCGGAAGUUUUACGUGACGAUUGUUCUACUAGGGGAAUUAAAUUAACUUUAUUAACAACUGGAAAUGCUAGAAGAAUCGACGCAACAAAAGUACAGUUUGAGAAAGAUGUUCUUUUGGGCCACACCGCCCAAGAUGUAGCUUCUGCUUUGGGAGCUCCUUCUAAAGUCUUUUUUAAAAGUGAAGAUAAAAUGCGUAUUCACACUCCUAAUGCCCAUCGCAGGAUCUCUACUAAAAGCGAUUAUUUCUUUAAUUAUUUCACUUUAGGAAUGGACGUCCUUUUCGAUGCUAGAAGCAACAUGGCUAAAAAAAUCGUCCUUCACACAAACUACCCAGGUCAUUACAACUUCAAUAUGUAUCAACGUUGCGAAUUUUAUAUGAAAUUGGGUACAGCUGAGAUAACAGCGUACGCUCGUUGGGAUGAUUUGCGAAAACAAUUAACUCCCAGUGAACGUCCGGUGGUGUUGAACAGAGCUAGUUCAACGAAUACAACGAACCCGUUUGGCAGCACAUUCUGUUACGGGUAUCAAGAUAUAAUUUUUGAGGUUAUGCCGAAUAAUUACAUUGCAUCUUUGACGCUUUACGGAGACGGAAGACCGAUUAGUAAUGAGACGGAGUCGGCGUGACAACGGCUCUCCGCCACUUACCUUAUACUAGCGAACAGGUACUGGCAACCGUAAAGAAAGUUAAGAAAAUACAAAAAAAAUAUUUAUAAGGAAAAAAAGUGUGAUUGGAUGUACUGAGAUGUUUGGACUGAAACUAAGAAAAAAGAAAUUCAAGAAAAAAAUAUUGGAAGGUUGGGAAUUGGAUAAAAUAGGGUUUUUAAAGAGCUUUAACAAGUUACAAGAAGGUACGCUUUUAUGCUUUGAGGUAUGUAUUGAUUUAUUUCGUAAUUAUUGGAGGAUUUUAUAUGGAUUAAGAUCAAAAAUAAAUGUUUAAAUGAAAGAAA